GCAUUCAGCGCGAACCAACAUGGCGGACGAUUAAUUUUUGGGGUGAGAGAUAAACGCCUGCCCGUCUGCCUAAGGAAGGGAGUGAGUAAAUUAUUGUGAGCAGGAGACAGACAAGUUGACGGUCAGGAUGUGGCACGAGGCCAGACGGCAGGAGAAGAAGCUGCGAGGGAUGAUGGUGGAUUACAGGAAGCGCGCCGAGCGCAGGAGGGAGUACUACGAAAAGAUCAAAAUGGACCCUACCCAGUUCCUGCGUGUGUAUGGCCAGCACCACAAGAUCAACUUGGAUCCGGCUGUUUCUUUUGCUGCAGAAGGACCAGGAACCAUGAUGCCCUGGCAGGGUGAUACUGAGAACAUGGUAGAUAGGUUUGACGUCAGGGCUCACCUGGACUUCAUACCUGAGUAUAAAGGAGAAGACUCGGACUGGAAAACCUCGGAGGCAUACAAGGAGGAACAGAAAGCUAACUAUGAGAGAUACAGAACUAUGGUGCUCAAGGAAGUACAGGGAUUUACAGAAGAGCAAGUCCUCCAGCAAAUCUACAUCGAGGAAACCUAUGGAGAGAUCCCCAAGUUUGGAUCAACAGAAGAAGAGAAAAACAAGCUGGCCAAAGCGAAGGUUUCCAUUGGCUACACGUAUGAAGACAGCGCGCCCGGCGGGGAGGGACAGCCUCCUCCUGAGCAGGAGGAAGAGGAGGAGGAGGAGGAGGAAGAGGAGGAGGAGGAGGAUAGUGAUGGCAGCAUCAGUGAUACUGACUUAGAUGUGAUAGUGGACCCGAAUGAGCUGACCAAAGAGCAGCUGCAAGCCUACAACAAGACCGGCACUCAGUACGGCAUCCCGUUUGGGGACUUCGUCAAGAAUCUGAGGAAAGACAAGGAAGAACAGGACCGUAUUCAGCACCAGAAGGAACUGGAGGAGGAGAAGGCUCUCUACUCUUUACGCACGACGAGACAGCCCAACGUAUCAGCCUUACAGAAGAGAGUCAUCGGAAUCCAGCUCCCGGUCGCGUUCCCACUCCCCGGUGAACGAGGGUCAGGUCACAUUCAUCACCAGCUUCGGCGGCGAGGAAAGCCCGUCCCGAGCCCAGCAAGCGUCCAUCGGACCUCACCUGCCGUCGGCACACCCUCCCCAGCACGGAUCCUCCUCUCGUACUGAUCAGUCUCGAGCUCAGUCCCGUUCUGACAAGAAACACAGACGACGGAGUAGCAGCUCCAGAAGCUCAUCAAGCUCAUCUUCUAGGUCAUCCUCCAGGUCCAGGUCACGGUCUCACUCCAGAUCACAUUCAUACGACAGACACCACUCCAGGCACAGACGCAGCUCCAGAGACCACAGUAGGUAUUCGCGAUCGGGAUCCAGGGACCGACACAGGCGAAGACGUACCCGAGAAAGGUCGCACGAACGAGGGGGGCGGUACAAAGAUGUGUCUCGGAUGUACCACGGCAGGUCUAAGAGCAGAUCGCGAUCUCGAGACAGAAGGAGGUCGACAUCUUACAGCCGUCGCAGGUCAAGAUCGAGGUCAGCAUCGAGGGAUCGUGGCCAUCGCAGGAGCCGGACUAAUUCUCCAGCCCAUAGAAAAUCGCGCACACGAAGUCGAAGCCACGAUCGCACAAAGAGCAGCAGUGAAAAAAGGGAGCUUGAGGCAAAAGCUACUAAGCCUGACACCCCACAAGCCGGUAAAGCAACAGAGGCCCUGAAAGUCAGCCAAGUUGACCCCCCAGGAGAGGCUGAAAAGGAGGAUGCAGCAGAUGUUGAACAAACAAUACAAGGCCGACAAGAAAGCUGCUGCCAAGAAAGAGGAGGAGAAGGAACAAGAGCGCCUGGUGAGCAGCAGGACCUGAAAAACGCACAAUUUAAACAACAAUAACAAACGUGC